CUCUUUAGGCUUUUCCAGCUGAGCAAUUCAGGCUGAGGCGGGCGCAACCGCACUAGAGGGAAAGUCAAGUCGUGCUGGACUGGCGCGAUCUCCUCGCACUGUUUCCAAAUAAAAGGAAGGACUCAAAUCCACAAACAAUCAUGCUUCUAAAAUAAUGCAACAUGUCGAUCGGGUCUUUGCGAGGCAUGGCUUUCGUUUUAACGAGCUUGUUCCUGUUUUGUGCGAGUAGUGUUUGUGAGACGCAAAACAGUGAAACCAGUAUUUAUUUGGAUAAUAUCACGCGUAUAUUGGAUAGAUUACUGGAUGGCUAUGACAACAGGCUGCGACCUGGAUUUGGAGGUCCCGUCACGGAAGUCAAAACUGACAUCUUUGUCACCAGCUUUGGUCCAGUUUCAGAUGUAGAGAUGGAGUACACCAUGGAUGUGUUCUUUCGUCAAACAUGGAUUGAUGAGCGGCUCAAAUUCGAAGGCCCAAUUGAGAUCCUGCGGCUAAACAACCUUAUGGUCAGCAAAAUCUGGACCCCCGACACAUUUUUCCGGAAUGGCAAGAGGUCAAUCUCUCACAACAUGACCACUCCAAACAAGCUGUUCCGCAUCAUGCAAAACGGAACUAUCCUCUACACCAUGAGAUUAACUAUAAAUGCAGAAUGCCCAAUGCGCCUCAUGAACUUCCCAAUGGAUGGCCAUGCCUGCCCACUCAAAUUCGGGAGCUAUGCAUACCCCAUGAGUGAGAUUGUGUACACAUGGAAGAAAGGACCUUUAUCUUCUGUUGAAGUCCCACAGGAAUCAUCCAGCUUGUUGCAGUAUGAUCUUAUUGGCCAGACUGUAUCAAGCGAGAGGCUGAAGUCCAACACAGGUGAAUAUGUCAUAAUGACUGUCCACUUCCAUCUUCAAAGGAAAAUGGGAUUCUUCCUGAUUCAGACCUACAUUCCCUGCAUCAUGACUGUCAUUCUGGCACAAGUUUCCUUCUGGAUUAACAAGGAAUCAGUUCCAGCUCGGACUGUCUUUGGUAUCACCACUGUCCUGACCAUGACAACAUUAAGCAUCAGUGCACGGCACUCCCUCCCAAAAGUUUCAUAUGCCACCGCAAUGGAUUGGUUCAUUGCUGUGUGCUUUGCCUUCGUCUUCUCUGCCCUCAUUGAGUUUGCAGCUGUCAACUACUUUUCAACACUCCAAGCCAACCGAGAGCUACGAAAGGCAGCAGCCAUGAAGGCAGCCGCUCAAGAAGCAGCAGCAGCUGCAGCCGUGGUUCCAGCAGCAAGCACAGGGACAGAGGGAGACGUCGCAUCAGUGGAUGCCAACAGUGUCUUGAAGAAGAGGAUGAACUCUGCACCAGUUUUCGAUCGCCCUGCAAAAACUUUUCCAAACCCUCCUGUCAAUGCCCAGGCUUUCCUCCAGCAAGGCUCCGCGGUACCAGACAACAACGUUCUGACAGGCACCAGCAUCAUUGACAAAUACUCACGCAUCCUUUUUCCCCUUUCGUUUGGCGCCUUUAACCUGGUCUACUGGAUCGUUUAUCUCACCAAGGACACCAUGGAGAUGUCAAGGGAUACUGUCUAAGAUGAUGUCAUCCUGGAGAAUAGAAAUACCUGAACAAUCAACACACACACACACACACAUACCAAUGAUCUGUUUCUUCCCACAUUAAAAUAGGUAACAGACGCUUGCCAAGCACUCUUUUAUGCAGCCUCAGUGCAUUCUAUUUCCUUUUAAGUACUCUCAUGGAACAUAAGUCUUUGGAGAACAGAUGUACCAAUUCCAAUUGCCAACUUGACCAUGGAGCUCAAAGCCAUGUGGGGCCACAAGUACUGGAUCCAUAUCAAACAACAGCUACUCUCGCUUUUCUUUUUUUAUUUCAUUUGUCUCAUGUUAAGAGAAAAAAAAUUAUAUGUUAAAACAAUUUUAAUGUGCUCACCUGUCUUGUAUGCUUUGCCAAAGUUGAUGGGACAAGAAAUAACAUUAAAUAAAUUACACAGAAGAAGCAUAAACCAACCACAAAGGGUUUCUCUGUUGGAUGUAUUCAUUUAUUUUUUUUUUCUAUGUAAAAUAUCCAUGCACUUUUUUACAAGUGUUUUUCUUUCUUUAUAUAUAUAUAUAUAUAUAUAUAAAUCCCUUCCGUUAUGAUUAGAAGGAAACUGAUUGUAAGAAUGUACUUCUGCAACUGGCAAAAGCUUUUUUCUUACCACUUCUGUCAAGUCUUUGUUUUUUUUAUUCUCUCCCUUAACACUGUUUUCUGUUUGUUGGUUUAACAUCCCUCAGCUCAAAGACUAAGGAGGAUCCAAAGCAAAAUCUUCAAAGAGUUUCCAUGAUCUGUUUAGUAAUGAUUUUGGCAUGGCACAUUAUUGAGUGCAACUUGCACAUGCAAGUGGAAAACAUUUGCAUUCUUCAAAAGCACUAGGAGCUCUAAAACAUAUGAACAUUCAAAAAAGUAGGGUUUUUCCCACAUUUUCUUUUUCUUUAUAGUGCCUUGUAACAGCAUUUACACCACUUGACUAUUUUCACAUUAUGUCAUGUUGCAUCCACAAACUCUCAUGUGAUUGACAGUAAUGCAUAAAUGUGAGGCGAGACGAACACAAAAAAAAAAAAAAAAAAAAAGUUUUCAGUAGUUUUACAAGUAAGAAUCUGGCAACAGUAGCAUGUGUGUAUAUUAAUCCUCUUAAAUCAAUAUUUUGUAGAACCAUCUUUCACUGAAAUUACUGUUGCAAGACUUUUGGGGUACUUUACAAGCUUUGCAUAUGUAGUGAGUGAAAUGAUUUGUCAUUCUUUAAAAGGUAGUUUAGGUUUGCUGAGAUUGGUUGGGGAGAGACUGUAAAAAUAAGUAAAAUACACUUUGUUGAUAUUUACUUGUAAAAUAAUUUGAAACUCACUUUCCCAUAACAUCACAAUUUUGCAUUGCUUUGUUUUGUUUUUCAUUAAAAUAUGGAUUUGUUAAUAUGUGCAGGACAAAAUCUGAAAAAGUUGAAGGGGUCUGAAUAGUUUUGUAAGGUGCUGUAUAUCAUAUUUGUUACAUACAGAUAUACUUUACAGGCAUGUAUUAAUGUCUACAGUUGAACUUGAAUAGGUUAAUUUUUUUUACAUCUUCAGUAUUAUAAUCCUCCUUCUCUGUCAUAGCUUUAUUAUUUAUUGAACAAAUAACAGGUGUGAUUGUGAAUCUAAAAAGAUACAUUUCAGUCAAAAUCUGAAUUUUAUCUUAUAGAUCUGGGAGAAAAGUCUAAUCUUCAACCUUUAAUUAACACUUCUUUCUGUGAAUGUGUCACAGUGCAGUACUUGUCUUGCACUUUACAGUCUUUUUUAGGUCUCAUUAAAUCAUUCUUUAACACUCUAAUUGUUAUAAAGCUGCCAAAACGGGUCUUUGCCUUUGAGAAAAGAGAAAAGAAAAGAAAAGUUUAUCUAGUAAAGUUCAACUACCAUUUUCAUAGCUGCCAUCUCAUAUGCUAAGAAGCCUGGCAGCAACUCUUUCCUCACUAGGAUUUAUUGUUGCAUUUUAAUUAAAGUUAAUGGAUUCUUUCACUGGAUUCCAAUUAUUUCUCCAGAUGACAGCCAUUUCUUGGGAUUGUCAACGAAAGGACUGCAGAAAAUAAAACGUUAAAUGUAUCAUCAUCAUUUAUACAAAACAUAUUCAUUUCUAAUCCUUGCAUGGUUACGAAUACGAUUUUCCACAGCUUGCUUUUAAAAAAGAGGCUGACAUGAUAAAGCUAUGAGGAGUCUAAAAAUAAAUAUGGUGUGUUUACUUUGACUUUUCAUCUAUUAUCCAGAAAAAUGUUCUCAUUAAACAUGUCUCUUAUUAACAGGGGCACCCGUCAAAUGAAAAACAUUUUUUUUAAAAAACAAAAAAAAAAAAAAACAAAAAAAAACAAACAAGCAAAGCAAAGCA